AUGGAUAAGACUUCUGUUCAGGAGGCAUCCUCCCCCGCCGAUACCGACCGUAUUUCCGACCGUCAUGCUUCAGAAGACGAAAGCUCACCCCAGAUUGAGGACGUCGAAGCCCUCAAGGCCGAAGUUGCCUUUCUCCGGGACAAACUGGAGAUUCUUCAGGGAAAAGCUUCGCUCGACUUCAAGUUGCAAAUGCAGAUGCUUACUGCCGGGGCCACGGGCUGGCCAGAUUAUGAUUUCGAGGUCUUGGGGGACCACAUCCGCCGGGUUAUGUAUCGCAUAGAACAUUGGUGCCAACAACAUGCCCGGCAAGGUAUGCCUGAUACCGUUGAACUGCAUGACUUGGAAAAGCAAGCCAUCAUUCAUAGCCUAGAAGGCUAUUGGGUCCAAGAUUUGGAAUGGGAUACACUGAUGAAGUCUCUUCCCUACCCUUUCUCUCUGUAUAUGUCGGAGGUGCUCGCUCAGAGUAUCUUGACAAAGAACAUCGUGGAUAAGUUCUUUGUCAACCCAUUUUGGUACCUUGAAGGAGAAGGUCUCGAUCGGCAGGAUCAUACGACGGGUUCAGUCUCCUGUGCACAGAAUCUGCAACAUCUGUACCGACGAUUUUUAGAAAGUGGGAACUUCUCUUCCGCAUCCUUCUAUCAUCCCCAUCUGAUGCUGACCAGGACUGCAGCAAAUGGCAUCAGAGCCACCAUUUGGAAGAAAGAAACUACAAAGGAAUAUCGCACAAAUGCUGUCGCUUUGUUCGCCUCCACCCUACUUUCCGACCGAGAGGACAGUCUUCUGGAGUUAUGCAAAUUUGCUGAUGAGACAGCAAUUACCCUCGGCUCCAAUCAGGGACAUUGUGUGUAUAAGACACUGCCGACUAUGGGAACCACCUUUGAUCCGAGAUCCCACGAAGCGACAGUCCAUAACCUCCAUAAUGUCCGGGGUAAUGCUGACGAUGCCAGAUUGGCUGGCCGUCGCAUCCUAGGUAUAACCCAGCCGGCUGUAAUACUAAAGCUAAGGACUCUGAGGUGUGACGAGAACGUCUUGAAUAAAGCCGAGCUAUUGGUGGAACAUGGUGACUACACCGAGGAAGAUCAUGAGCGAGAGCGACCAAAGCCUUCUGCAAAAACCCUUGAAGAGGUUGAGACGGAAGAAGAAUAA